UCUUUCAGGUUUCCCUCUCAAGUGUCGUCGACAGCAGGUAAAGCAAAUUAUCAAGAUUCAAGAGGACUUUUCUUGCGAGUUUAUAAACCGGUUUGCAGUACGUACAUAUUACGUUGCACUAAAAAUAAUUUAUGCAAAAGAUCGAAAAUUUGCAUUAAUGCAGAUAAAUAUACAAACACGACGAUUCGAAGUAUGAGUCUUAUGGACAACUCGAAUGCGCAAAUUGUUCUGGAUGACCAGUUGCAGCAUUUUAUCGAAGCUGAGACUAAAAAGCAGCAAUUCCAGGGGUUGGUGCAUGAAUUGACCGGUCUCUGUUGGGAGAUUUGUAUGGACAAGCCGUCGCAACGCCUGGAGCCUAAAAUUCACAAGUGUCUCGUGAAUUGCGUGGAGAGAUUCAUUGACACCACCAAUUACAUCACAAACCGAAUAGAACGUGUCGCCACGAGUAUGCAGUCCGAGUCAGAUAGCAUGGAAUGAAGGUAUUCAUUCCGUGGAUUAUGUGUGCUGAUGUCAUACAUAAAUUCUAAAAACUCUGUAAUAUAUUUGUACUCUGUUUGCAUAUACAAUUAGACAAU